UAUGAUAGAUUAUUAUCAUACAUUUACACUUCACUUACUCUUUUAUCACAAUUUCAAUCUGUAACCGAAGCAUGUCUCACUCUCAAUUUCUUCGACUUGUUCUGGCUCAGGUUCCACCCAGUAGAGACCAUCUUCUCCUACAAUCUCCAAAAUCCAGAAUCAGACCCAUCUUUUUUCUUCCUCAAAGUGGUUCCAAAGCUGAAAACUUCACUCUCCCUUACCCUCCAACACUUCCCCCCUCUAGCAGGAAACGUUGUUUGGCCUUCAGAAUCAGAGAAACCACUAGUUAAAUUCACCCCUGGUGAUGAUGAUGGUGUUUCGUUGAUAAUUGCAGAGUCCAACACUGAUUUCAACCAUAUCUUAGAGUACAACACACUCCAUGAAGCUGCAGAGUCUCGUUCUUUCAUACCCCACUUGGAAUCAACCGAUUCCUCUGCUUCUGUUAUGUCCCUGCAAAUCACUCUGUUCCCAAACAGAGGUUUUUCCAUUGGAAUCAGCACACACCAUGCUGUUCUUGAUGGAAAGUCUUCAACGUUGUUCCUCAAGGCUUGGGCUUAUCUAUGUCAAACCAGUGAAGAAUCUGAAUCUGAAUCUCCCUCUUUGUUGCCAGAUUUUGAACCCUUCUUUGACAGGAAAAUCAUCAAAGACAGAGAGCCAGCAGAACUCGGCAUACCAUUUGCAAAAAACUGGACAGAGGUUUUGUCCAUGAUGUUCCCAGUUGAGAAAAGCAACGAGCAAACCUUAAAGAUUCUACCAUUUCCACCAAAAGUUGAGGAUUCAGUUAGAGGAAGGUUCUUGCUCACACGUGGGGAUGGCGGUGGGGUUGCAAAUUUGGGAAUUUGGUGAGAUGAUAGUUGUGAUUGGUGGUGGUGUCUUCUUCUUCACCUCCUGUUUCUGGUUGUGAUUGUUGGUGGUGGUGGUGUUGUGGUGGUGAGAGGAAGAAGAUGGUGGGGUUGAGAAAGGAAGAACAAGAAGAAGAGGUUGAAGAUGAAGAUUUUGUUGUCUGGGUUUUGAUCUGGAGUAAGAGAUUGAAGAAGAAUGAUGAAUAAUGUGUUUAACUUGGAUUUAGAUUAGUGAUUUUUUUUUUGGUUACAAGAUUAGUGAUUUAUUUAGAUUUUAAUUAUUUAACUUAAU